CGGGUUUCCUUGCAGCAUUUCCAUGCUAGAGGUCUCCACCGAGCUGCGGAGCGAGGCUGUGCCUGCGCCGGGCCCUUCUUCCUUCCUUUGUGCAUCCCCCAGCCCGGCUGCAGCCGUGUCCCCCCGCGCCGGCCGCCACGUCCCCGCUUCAUCGCCCCUUCCCGGAGCCUCCCCCAGGCCUGAAGGCAGGAGAAAGCCGCCCCCCCGGGCUGGCAGAGCCAGGGCAGCGGCGAAGCGCUGGGUGCCACGUCGUGACAUCCCCCCCGCCCCGUUCCCGGGGCACCGAGGCCGCAUCCCCGCCCGCAUCCCCGCAUCUAUCCCCGCUCCGCGUUCUCGGGUCCCCUUUGGCGGAUGCUGCGCGUCUCCCCGGGCCGCUGGUGCUAAAUGCUGAACGCCGACAGGAUGGAGGAGUUUCAGAGCGAGGAAGAGGAGCCCUGGUACGACCAGCAGGACCUGGAGCAGGACUUGCACUUGGCCGCAGAGCUGGGGAAGACGCUGCUGGAGCGCAACAAAGAGCUGGAGGACUCCCUGCAGCAGAUGUACGCCACCAACGAGGAGCAAGUGCAGGAAAUCGAGUACCUGACCAAGCAACUAGAGAUGUUGCGGCAGAUGAACGAACAGCAUGCGAAAGUCUACGAGCAGCUGGACCUAACAGCACGGGACCUGGAGCUCGCGAACCAGAAGCUGGUGCUGGAAAGCAAGACAUCCCAACAGAAAAUACAGUGCUUGACGGAAACGAUCGAAGGGCUGCAGAACCAAGUGGAGGAGCUGCAGAAGCAGGUGGAGGAAAUGCGGAGCUUGGAGCAGCUCCGCAUCCGGCGGGAGAAGAGGGAGCGACGCCGAACCAUCCACACCUUCCCCUGCCUUAAGGAGCUGUGCUCCAGCCCCAGGUAUGAGGACGCGUUCCAGGUCCACAGCUCUUCCACAGAGUUCAACCAGAAGCCACUGGAGAGGGAGAAUGAGCGUCUCCAAGCCAUGGUGAACUCCCUGAGGUCCCAAGUCAACCAGGAGAAGCAGCGGAAGGAGCGGGUUGAGCGAGAGUACACCUCCGUCAUCCAGGAGUACUCGGACCUCGAGCAGCGGGUGUGCGAGAUGGAGAAUUGCAAACUGCGCAUCAAGGAGCUGGAAGCCGAGCUCCUGGAGCUGCAACAGAUGAAGCAAGUCAAGAAGUAUUUGCUCAGCAGAGAAGACAACUUGUCCGAGGCCCUCCUUGAGCCGUUGAAUAACGCCCCAGAAGCCGACUACAUCGACCUCUCUGAGGAGGAGGGAGGAAAAAGUAAUGGGCCGUCAAUGACGCCUUCCCCAAACCACCCUGUCCGUAAGAGCUGCAGUGACACAGCCCUCAACGCCAUCGUGACCAAGGAUGCCGUGAGCCGGCACGAGGGCAAUUACACGCUGCACGCAAACAACGUGCGCAAACGGGGCAUGUCCAUCCUGAGGGAGGUGGACGAGCAGUAUCACGCCUUGCUGGAGAAGUAUGAAGAGCUCCUGAGCAAAUGCCGGCAGCACAAGGACAGCGUGCGUCACACGGGCGUCCAAACGUCCCGGCCCAUCUCCCGCGACAGCUCCUUCAGAGACUUCCGAGGAGAGGGACAUGAGCUGGAAGAGCGAAAAACCAUGGAGAAGACCAUCAGCAAACACGUGGAGGCAGUGGACAAGCGGCUGGAGCAGAGCCAGCCUGAGUACAAGGCUCUUUUUAAGGAGAUCUUUUCCCGCAUCCAGAAAACAAAAGCGGACAUCAAUGCCACAAAGGUGAAAAACAAGAGCAGCAAAUGAGCCUGGCCUCUCUGCAAACUCCCACGUGCAAUCGCAACCGCCAAGUCUUCUCCUCAGCCCCAGGAAACGCCACAUGGCCCCACUGCUUUGAAGGUUCAAGAGGUCUACAAGCAAGAAAAUGUCAUGGAGACUCAACUCACUUUUUUCAAGCUUGGGCUCCGGACAACUCGUUGGGACAAUUGUACAUUGUAGUUAGAGGAUUUCACAAACUGUCUGACGGAUCUCCGCAUGAGUUGCUGCCGCUGCCAGACAUCACAACAGCAACGUAAACCGCACCACGGAAAAGGAAAACUGAACACCCCCUCCACCCUUUUCAGCUUGUCUUACAGCCCGAUGAUCUGCAAGCAAAAGCCUGGAUGUCCUCAGGCAUCCCGCCACAGCUGGAGCUCGGUGUUUCAAAGUAAAACAAUAAGCCAUCAGAACUGCAGCGGCUGCUCCAGUACACCAGCCCAAACUUCCACUUUGGUUUUAUGGCUAAGAACCUACGCUUGCACCUAAGAGACACCUUCUCCUCCCCCACAGGGCAGUAUGUUCUUGCUAUUUAAGCCAUUCUCUUACCAGUCAGGUUUUUCAGCUAUUUACAAUGCAAACUCAUUGCAACUGGAAAAACUUGAAGAGAAACGUAAAACUGAUUGUUCCAUCUUCAUCAGCGUCACUUAGUAUUUCAGUCCAUCCUCUCCAGACUUUGUAGACAUACGGGAUUUCCUCGCUUUAAAUCUGCCCCAGUAUUUCAGCCCAGGUGAAGCGCUGUGCCAGGCAGGAACUCGAUCACCAGGGCUUUCCCAUAAGCCAGACGAGAAGUGCGAUUACAGUAUUAGAGAGAGACAUUUCAUCUCAUGGUCCGGGUACCGGCACUCUGCGCUGUGCUCUUCAAGAGCUUCUCAUUGCCCCAUCAUAGCAAACUCCUCACAUACACCUUGUCUGGGCUUGCAGAACUGACUACCAAGGACUUGCUCACAAGCAGAAGGAUGAAGCAUCACACUCGUACAGUAGCGCUCAUCACGCAUUGCCCUUCACUUUUUGCUCUGAACAUCCCCCCAGCUGAGAGGACAGAUUUCAAUCUUCUGCUGAAAAUCAUCUUUCUUGACUGAGAAACCGUCUCCAAAGGUUGUCUCCUCUCAGUUCACUCCCCAGCACUGAAAUCUCCUCGCUUUUGCUUCCACAGACAUGCAAACACCCAGCCAAAAGGCUGCUGCAGUCUCAGGAAUCACCGGUUUCCAUUUUUCAUGAACUAGAUGUUGACUGUGUACGGUCAGACACGUGUUUUAGGCAGAGAAGCAGCGUUUCUUUACAGCUUAGGCAACACCCUGAGCGUUGAGCCACAAGAAACAAGCAGUUCAGUGUAAGCUACCUAUUCUGUACCUGCCUGGAGACCAACUUCAGGCCAGAUUUGGAUUCUGAUUUCACCAGCUUACAUCCCAAAAUCUUGGGGAAAUGGUUGGGGUUUUUGCCACAUUGAGAUAAAUAAAUGAGAAUGUGGCUUUGGAGGGGGAAGACUGUUAAAAUGUAAUUAUUCUCCAAGCCUUGACAUUACAAGGAGCUACCUUUCUUUCACUUGCCGUGGAAUUAAUGCAAAAAUACCCCCCGAAUACCCUCUUUUGUUAAGCUGAGCACCACGCAGGUAAGUUGGCAGGAGUGCAAUGCCCAAACCAUCCCCGCUCCAGGGGUCUCCUCCUCAAACCACCCACCACCGGCUGCUCUGCUCCCCCACGCCCCGCAUCUCCACGUGCCCCACGGCCCCAAACCCACGGAACAUGAGGAGGACCAUCCGCACGACUGUGGCUACCAGCUCUGUAACACUAUGGAGAACCUUCAUGCCUUAUUUAUUUAUAAUGGAAAGCAGUUGUCUAAUAAAAUAAAAUAAAUAAAAAUGAACAACAACAGCAAUAAAA